AUUUGGCGUUGCUGGAUGGUCUGGGGACGGCGCUGGCCUAUUGUCCUUCUUCCCAUCAUGCUGCUUAUCUCUGGAAUUGGUGCGAUGCUCAGAUUUUUUUCUCCCGCACUAGUGCUCAAGUUCAUUGAUACUUACCAAGAAUAUACGACUGGCUACGACGACGUAAUUUUCUUCGUUCUGUACCUAUCCUUCGUUCUGGCGACGACAAUAUUGUGUACCACUCUCAUCAUUUACCGCAUUUUGACUGUUGGACGGGCAAGUGAUGGAAUUGGAGGUGGAGUCGGCGUCUAUCGCCAUGUUAUCGAAGUCUUGAUCGAAUCGUCUGCACUAUAUUCUGUAUUCUUGAUCUUAUUAGUGGCCUUUGAGGUUCACGGAGAUUGGGCAGGAUAUUACUUUGAUGCUAUAUCCGGGAUUGUGAGGGGAAUAGCUCCAACGCUGCUUGUUGGGCGUGUCGCCGCAGGACACGCACGUUCGGACGACUCAUGG